AUAUGAUAAAAUGGCUCAACGGAUGGAGUGAGAAAAGCUUCAAGUUUAAGAGCAAAGAGUGGAUGCCUGCAUUAUUGAUUUCUGGUCCUCCCGGAAUUGGUAAGACAUCCUCUGUUCAUCUUAUUGCAGGUCUUGAAGGGUACGAAGUGAUUGAACUUAACGCUAGCGACACUCGAAGUAAAAAGACACUGGAGGCUGCUAUCAAAGUGGCGACAAAAAAUACAUCGAUUACUGGUUUCUUUUACCCAGUCAACGAUAAGACUUCAGGCAAGGCAAAAGCAAAAGAUGUACAGAAAAAGAGAACACUUAUCUUAAUGGACGAACUUGAUGGAAUGUCUUCUGGUGAUAGAGGUGGUAUCGCUGAACUUAUCCAAUUGAUCAAAAAAACAAGGAUACCGAUCGUUUGUGUAUGCAAUGACAUCAACUCUCAAAAAUUCAAGUCGUUAAAAACCUAUUGUCAUGAGGCGAGAUUUUCCAAACCGCGCGUUGAACAAAUCAGAUCAAGAAUCAUGACAAUUGCAACAAGAGAAAAUUUAGAAAUUCGACCAACUGAUGUUGAUGAACUCAUUAGAGGAUCAAACUCUGAUAUUCGUCAAAUUUUGAACAUUCUAUCUUCAUGGAAAAUUAACCACGAUUCUAUUGACUAUGAUGAGAUAAAGGCUUUAAACAAAACUAACGAGAAACAUCUUAGAAAGAGUCUCUUUGAAAUUUCCAAAGAUUUUUUGAGCAACGACAUCUGGAAAUCUCGUAAGAACACUUUCAAUGAUAAAAUGAAACUAUACUUUCAAGAACACGAUCUAAUUCCUUUAAUGAUCUUUGAGAAUUAUAUAAAAAUGAAACCUCAUACCAUUACUAAGUUCAUCAAAAAACAUGAUAACGAAGAUAUCAAACCAGAUGUUUUAGAAAAGCUUGCAUCUUUGGAAGCUUUUGCAAAAGCGGCUGAUUCCAUGUCUUAUGGCGAUAUGGUUGAUAAAAGGAUUCGUGGACCGAGACAAGAAUGGAAUCUUAUGCCAAUGCAUGGAUACUUUUCUACAAUUGCACCCGCAUAUUAUGUUCAUGGUUUUAAUAAAGGGGGUCAAUUUGGUCAAUAUAAAUUUCCAAGCUGGUUAGGACAAAAUUCUAAAGCUCAAAAGAUUCAGCGUCAAUUGAAAGAAAUUCAGAGUCACAUACGAACCAAAGUUUCUGCCGAUAGGGGUGAAAUUCGUGAAAGCUAUAUUCCUACUCUUAGGAAGGCUCUUAUUAAGCCUUUGGUUGUCAAUAAAGCAGAUGGUAUGAUCGAUGUCAUUAAUUUUAUGGAUCAAUAUAUGAUAACCAAAGAGCAAUUCGACACCAUCAUGGAAUUUAAGGAUGAGCAAACGCGCUAUAAUGGACGAGGAGGAGGGCGUGGUGGAGGUCGUGGGAGUCGUGGGAGUCGUGGUGCAAGUCGUGGUACAAGUCGUGGUGGAAGUCGUGGUGGUCGUGGAAGUCGAGGUAGCCGUAAAGAGCGCAAAUGA